GAAACGAACGCCACACGGCGACGCGUCUCAUUCUCAACACAAAAAUACGCGCGAGUCUGUAAACGAAGCAAAAAUGUUUCCAACACUGGCCAAAUAGAAUAAACAAAAACCGUGACGCCAUUUUGGAAUUCUAAAUUCGAAAGAACGCGGGAAAACCCGUUCGCGCGCCCGCGGUUCGAUCGUGUAAUUUUCAAAAAUGACUUGACAAUAAAAACUAAAUAUAAUAGUGUCGUGUAGUGCUUAGUGUAGUUUUAUUUAAGCGCCUCACUUUAGUGUGUAAUUUAGUGUUAUAAAGUGUUUUUAUGUGUCAAUAAAGUGCUCAAUUUGUGUGUAAAAGUAGGAGGUUAUGCAUUAAAACAAACUGUAUCUAAUCCUGUAGGUAAAAGUGAGACAGCUGAAAUCUGAAUAUAACCGAGCUUAAUUUCUUGGCGCGUUACUCGACUAAUUACUCGUUAGACACAACAUUUUCCGAGACGGCUAGUUGGGGUUUGUUCGGGUUUGAGUGAGAGAGGUAGUGGCAAGCUUCCAAGAUGAAUUUGAUGUUUCGGAAGAACUUCAGUGGUGAGAAGACUGUGAGCAGUAGCGGGGGUGGCGGUGGGAAGGCGCGGGGGGCGCUUGGCGCGGGACGGAACGCCAAACGGCGGGACCGAGGGUACUCCUGCAUGGAAGAGCAUCACUACAGGACCCACCUGUUCUUCUCGGCGCCACGGGCCAGCGCGCAGUACAACGACACAGGUACAGAGCGAUGCGGCCCAGUGAUCGGCGGAGGCACGGGCCCGGAGACGGAGCCGCCUCAGCCGCUGGUCACCCGAGAGCCGUCAGUGUCCCUGCUGCGCUGGGACCGGCCGACCACCACGGUGCCAGAUCGCCGGCGCACCGAGCCCGUCUCGCUCGCGACCCUCGAGCGCGACUGCUUCGUCAUACCGGCACACGCGCUUGACCGGUUCCUGCCUGAUGGCGUGCCGCUCCCAGUACCACCGCCAACACCAGAGAAGGGCGUGGCGACGAAAACGCAGAACUCCCUCAGCAUUUUAGAAAUAGCAGAUCCGAAGCUUUGCAUACUGGCCCAUCUGAUGAGCCCUCUGGAGCCUAUAGAGCCGAUACUGGAAUCUCCGCUGACCAAACCUCUACUAAAACAGAAGGCUGCUGCUGGGGAACUGCUGAACGAAGUGGCAACAGCGAACACCGCUGUGGGGGGCAUGCUACUGGCAAACAUGGAGAAAAACGCAGAAUUCCCAUUCAUAUCCUACUUUGUGAUAAACACUACACAAACUGAUCCUCUUAUGUUCUAUAACAACAUGCGCAGUUCCUCAUUGACUAAGUUUGAUCCCAAGACGAUACGCUACUCGGCUGCGCACACGUUGGAUUUGUAUAGUGAAGUUGCGAUGAUUUGCAGACCACCGUUCAAUGAUUUAGCUGGAGGCCCGAAGAAGUCUCAUACGCCGACCACUGGGUUCAUCAUUAGUGUUUAUAAGGUGUUCGAAGGCGAUGACGGCGAGCGAUUCGAGCGUAACUGGCUGUACUGGACCGGAGCGCGGAUGCUCUAUCGCCAUCUCCCUCACUCCGUCGGCAUGCGAAAGAUCGCGCUCCACAAGUCCGUGGCCGCCCACGGGGACAAGAUGUACCUGCUCGUCUGCGAGUGUGCCAACCUUCUCGACGACCUCUCUGGCGCCGCCAUGUUGGUAACCGCCUUAAGAGCGAGACUUUGCGGCUAUACCGGACUGUACAGGCCGAUACAGGCUUUCUAGUAGCGGGACGGCCCUGGCGGCCUGGACUGCGUAGUUCUGUAGGAGUGUUCGUUGAUUGGUGAUGGUCAGAUGUCGGUCUUUGAGGCGUCUUUCGCAUGGCAAAGAUUUAGAUCGGAAAGUGGCUGUGGUGGCUUUUAGACCAAAAUUAGUUUUUUACUACUUCAGCAAUAUUUUUAUCAGAUUUUCAACUUUUAAAUAGACGGAUCCGAUGAGUAUUGCUUUGCGAAAGCGCUUCAUAAUAAGGCGUCAGAUCCGUCGUCACAUCUUCAACAAUCUGUGCUUUUAGGACAAGAGUGCUUGAAGGGAUGUUUAGAUACCUGCGUUAGAUGAAGAUUUAUAAUUGGUCAAGGAACCACAAGUAGCAGCUAAUAUGGACCAAAGUAUUAAAUAUAAUAGUUGGAAAAGUCUUGCGUAAACACUGGUGGUUGUUAGAAGUGGCAUUAGAGGGGGUCUACCUGUAUGUACUUGUACGGGGUGUAAGUGACAUCAUAACGAAUACUGAAGGGGAAAAUAAUUUAAAAAACACUACCUAAUUUUCCGACAGGAAAUUCGACUUGAUAUCAACUCGGAAUCAUGGUCCGAAUCAUCCCCCUCAGUAUUUGUUACGAUGUCACUAACAAUCUGUAUACCGCAAUUGUGUUUUAAAUAACUGGUAAUGUGUGAGAAGACAACGUGUGUAAAGAAAAAUGCCAGUUCUUUCAGCCAAUGAUAGCGAGUGUGUCAUGUUGACUUUGAAGCGAAAUGUACCUACUAGGUAUCACUAAAAUUACCUAAAUAUAAGAAGUUUGAAAAUUUCAAUUAGCCACUUUGUGAUCAUGCUUUAAUUUUCUCCGCAGCUUACCCUACGUACUUAGGUAUUUUUCUAACAAGUUGAGAUUUGCUAUAAUUUAAGCGGUUAUUACAUUUGCCAACCCAUCCUGCUUGAUGCGUCAAAGUCACGGGCGUGGCGAUCAGGAUCAUGUAGUCUAAUAGCAAACGACCUCUGUGGUCCAGUAGUUGAGCGUUGAGCUCACGAUCCGGAGGUCCCGGGUUCAAUUCCCGGCCCCCACCAAAUCACAAAAAUUACUUUGUGGUCCCUAGUUUGGUUAGGACAUUACUGGCUGAUCACCAGAUUGUCCGAAACUAAGACGAUCCGUGCUUCGGACGAAGCCGUUGGUCCCGGUCACUACUUACUAAUGUAAGUAGUCGUUACAUGAGCCAUGUCAGGGGCCUUUGGCGGCUCAAUAGUAACUCGAACACCAGGGUUGAUGAGGUUGGUACUCCACCUCACAACCCACACGAUAGAAGUAGGCGGAGCGUUACCAUGGUAACCACGAUCGAGCUAGUCUACUAAUAGCGUCCAUUUUCCCAGUCCCGAUGUGACCUUGACGGUCUGGGUGGAGUUUGUAGUGUAAUUACCGCUUUAGUCAGUUUGGAUAUGCACUGCCAACGAAUUUUAUAACAUUCGCUCAAAGGUUAGACUUUGAAAUUUCGCGUAUGGCAAUGUCUUCCAUUCCAAUGUGUAAAAACCAAAUUACCUUUUAUAAACGAUUGUGUUAUACAAUAAAUAAGUUUUAACGGAACUCAGAUUGAAUAAUAUUGUAUUAAUAAACUUUUUGACUACUUUAGAGAUGUCUGUUUGUGGAUAAUAUUUUACCUACUUUUGUAUACAGGGUGUUAGUGACAUCGUAACGAAUACUGAGGGGAUGAUUCAGACUAUAAUUCAGAGUUAAUAUCAAGUGGAAUUUUCCAUCGCAAAAGUAUAGAAUUGAAUAUACUUUUAUUGCACUUAACAACUAGUUACACCAAAAACAUGAAAUGGACGUUUACAAGGGAGGACUUAUCUCUAAGAGACAUCUCUUCCAGCCAACCCAAAGAGGUAGUAUAAGAAUAUCUGCGGGAGAAUAAAAAAGGUGCAAUAUAUAAAAUA